AUGAACAGUGAUCCUGAUUACGAAGAGGGUGAAGUUAAUGAUUUAAGUGACUUCGAAGAAGGAAACAUAUGUUGUAAUGAAGCCCAUUCUCCAUUAGACAGUCGUUUUUGUGACGAUUCUCUUUCGAGCAGAGUUCGAGGUCGUAAUAAUAAGCGUGACAAGUAUAGAGGUCUUGAUUCAAGGCAUGUAGACGUAGGUAGGGGUUCACCUGUUAAAUACACUUUUGAUGACGGACUCUCACCUCGGCACAGGGCAACAUCUCGUGGAUCUCACGCUAAAUCUAAUCGAAAGCGGAAGAGGCGCCAACAGGAUACGAACAGCAUUGAAAAACCACCUCCAAUGAAGAAAGAGAAAUUAAAGUGUCGUUUCUACAUGGAAGGUCGAUGUCAUAAGGGAUUGGAAUGUCCAUACAGCCAUGAUUUCUUACCUGCGAAAAAGAAAGACUUGUGUAAAUUCUAUGCGGUUGGGUCUUGUUCUAAAGGGCCCACUUGCCCCUUUAUGCAUAGCGAGUUUCCUUGUAAAUUCUUUCAUCUUAAGAACAAUUGUUACCAUGGCAAUAAUUGCAAGUUUUCUCAUACUCCUCUUAGUCCGGAUUCUCGGGCUAUGCUUGAGAGAUAUGUUGAUGAAAUUGAGAAGAAGAAGUCGAUUACAGUUGAGGAUCCUGGCUUAGUCGUAGAUCAACCUGAGUAUCCAAAUGAUCUAUCGUCACUUCCAAUCACCGAACCAAAUGGUGACGUUGAUUAUCGUCAAGUGGUUCCUUCUGGCUCUCCUGUGGCUCCAAAUGGUUCUCAAUUUCCUCUAUUUCGUGGACCUGGUCCGAGACCACCUAUUGAACCGCAUUAUUUUAGGCCUUACGGUGACGGAUCUCCUCAAAUACCUCCUAGGGGUUACGGUCAACCUCUACCUUAUAGAGGCCCCUAUCAACCCUCUUACGGAUAUCGACCUGGUCCUCCUCCAUAUCCUCAGGUUAGAGGACCCCAUAUUCCUCCUGGGAAUCGCCGUCAUCCCAGGCAUCAGUUUUCCUAUCCGCAAAGAUUCAGGCCUUCCAUGUUCAAUAACGGUGAAGAGGAUUUCUUCAACGAGUCCACGAUGCAAGAUGAUGAUUAUCGCCAGGACACAUCUGGCCCGAAUCGACAAAAGGACCAAGAGGAACAUAGUAAAUCUUUUGAAGCAUCGUCACCUCAGGCUACAUCUACAAUCGACCAACCAGAUAUCCCAGAAAUGACCGUUAGUAAGGACAACAUUGUCUGUACCUCAAACGACAAACUAGGUUUUAGGGAGGCGGUCGCCACUUUUUGUUGGCGUCUCAUUCCGAUUGAAUUCGAUUUUAGCGCACGGCAAAAACCGCCUCCCGCUGCUAAUGCAGCUCCUAAUGAUCCCCGGCUUAAGGUUCGCCCUCAGUUGCCUGUUUUGAUCAAUAUCCCUAAUGUUGUUUCUAUGGAAACAAAACAAACAGAGCAACUCGUUUCCCAACCAGAGCGUAGGAAACGGCCAAAACUUGAACUUAAUGAAUGUGCGAACCCCUUACUAACGGCUGGUAUGACAAAACCGAGUAGUACGCCAGUUGCUUACUCGCGUAUUCUCGACCCAAGAUUAAUCAAAAGACAGCAAGUUGAACCUGAAAAACCCAAAUCAAUUGAGACAUCUACUUCGGCUUCUAGUAACAAUGAUGACGACGAUGAUUCUUCUCUGACCCCAAAACCUUUAAGACUGUCACUGUCACCCCAAAGGCAAUAA